AUGGACAAUAACCCAGAGUUCAAGCUCGGGCUGCUCGUCGCGUACUAUCCGACGGCCAUUCCAGACCCUCAAGGGCAUUUUCCCAGCAGCAUCUCGGCUCUCGUUCAUCUUUCUGCAGGCGAAGAAAUUGGCAUCACGAAGCAAACCCAGAUGGUAGGGAUACAAGGCAAACGGCGCACGGUCCGCAAGAAGGUGGAAAGAGGCAUCGGCACGGGGGGGACCUUGCAACUCGCGUACCCAACCUAUACUUACGACGCCGAGCCCGGUUUUGCGGAGCAUGACCUGGAAGAAUAUAACAAGGUCUCCGCCGAGUUGGCGUGGAGUCGGAGCUUGGGUGCGGCGAGGAAAGCGUUCAACAAUCACGUCGACUUGGAACUCGUGUUGGAGGAAAACGUACAGGGUCAGUAUCCUAAGGAUGCGGAAGGCAUAUUCAGAGCUGACUUGCUCAGGCAAAUUCUUUACUAG